AUGGUGCUGCGCCUGCUGCGGCUGCCCUACGUGGUGGCCCUCGUGGCCCUCCACCUCUCUUCGGCCCUCUUGGCCGCACCCCUUCAGCUCUACCUCCUCGUUCUACAAACUACAAUGGGUCCACAAGUGCUGGCACGUUCGAGGGUGCUGCACGCCCUGUUGUGGCUACCUCGAUGGGUCGGCUGCACGCUCUUCCCCGUGUUCGCUGUGGGGCUGAUGGCCGCUGCUCUCUACGCGACGCACGCCGCCAUCGAACACGAGGGGAAGGUCAUCGCCAUCAUCUCCACCGUGUCGCUGGGCAUCUCUCUGCUCAUCACCCAAAUCAAAGGCCUCUUCUUCCCGGCCAUGAAGAUCUUGCCCGCCGUAGACAUGGGCGAGUACGCCAAGGCCACUGUCGCGGCCCAGUGCGAUCUCGUCGCCUUCAUCGGGACGGCCCUGGUCACCGUCACCGUGGUCAGGAUCCCGUGGCUCGUACACUGGGCGCGAAGCAAGGAAUCGUUCAAGAAGGCCAACCCCUAUUUGCAGUACUGCUGGACGCAGCUGUUGUACGCUGCGCUCGACUACGCGUGUCUACCCUUCCUUCUCAUCGUGCUGGUCACCUUGUGGCGUCUGCCGCAACUGCGAAAGCUCUGGAAAUCCGCCAAUGGCGAGAUCAACCGGCGGCUCAACCUGGUGGCCACCGCUAUCAACGUGCUGAUCGAUAUCCCGCACCUCGCACUCACCGUUCCUCUCGUGCUCACGCUCUGGCGGGCGCCGUCAUUCCUCAGCAGACUGGCCAAGGCGAGUGUCGAGCAGUGGCGUGGCAUUUGCCUGGAGGAGUCGCUCGAGUGGAUAAAGGACAUUCCUUUCGUGUUUAUGGCUCUGCUCACGUCGCUGGCGCUGUGGGGCCGCUCGUACUACUUCUGGGGCCGGCUGUGCGACGCACUCGGGCAGACGGCGACCGCACCCGGCACGAAGUCGUGGCGCUGGUGCGUGUGGCAUCAGUUCCUGUGCGCCGUGCUCGACGUGCCCGCGUUCCUCUGCCUUGUCGUUGUCGUCAUCACGCAGUGGAACGCUCGGUCUCUGCUCGCCUCGCUCAAGGAAAUGAGAUCGAAAAAGCAACUGGGCACCUGGUUGCCGCAUCUUUCGGCGAUCAAGCACUUCCUGUGGCUCGUUUUCGACCUGCCCUUCAUCGGCAUGGCGGUCGUGAUCGCGCUGACCCUGUGGCGCCUGCCGCGGCUCGUCAAGAAGCUGCGCAAGACCGGCGGCGCCUCGCUGGGCCGUCGGCGCGCCAUCUGCGGCAACCAGUUCGUCUGCCUCAUUCUCGACAUUCCUUCGCUGGUCGCCGUCGGCGUCAUCCUCGCGAGCUGGAAUGCGCCAGCGUUCCGGCGUGACUCGGCCGGGCAGAAGAACAUGGCCUACCACCUCUCGGUCGCGUACCAUCUGGGCCGCACCCUGCUCGAGCUGCCCUAUCUCGCCUGCAUGCUGCUCGUCGGCGUCACGCUGUGGCGCAGCUGGCUGCUGCUCAAGCAGCUGCGUUCAACCAACGACAUCGCGCUCAAGAAGCAGGCGUGCGUGGACCAGGCCGCCUGCGUGCUGCUCGACCUGCCGUGCCUGCUCUGCGCCGCGACCCUGCUGGUCACCGUGUGGGGCUGGGGCGACAUGCUCCACGCGCUGCGUCGACUCGGCGACAAAUCCAGGCUGGAGCCGCACGCCGUCAUUCUGCGCCACACCCUCCGGCUGGUGCGCGACCUGCCGGCGUUGAUCUGCGUCGCGUUCGUGGGCGUCACCCUGUGGCGCGCGCCAGCCCUGCGUCACCACCUGCGCGUGCUGGCCACCCAGCACGCACAGCUGCGGCGGGACGACGCCAACCAAAAUCGAACGUGGGCGUGGCGACAGCCCAGGCGACAGGCGUGCUACGACCAAGCGCUGUGCGUGCUCCUCGACCCGCUGGCCCUGUUGGCCGCCGCGGCCGUCUUCGUUACGCGCUGGCACUGGCACGACCUCGUCGACGACCUCCGCCGACUCAACGCCUCCUACUGGCUGCCGGGCCUCGAAGCCCAUCGGGCCAUCUUCGCUCGUGCUCACUUGGUUCUGCUCGACACGCCGUACUUCCUCUGCCUAGCGGGCACGGUGGUGACCUUCUGGCGCCUGCCGGUCCUUAUCGCACGGCUGCGCAAGGCCAAGCCGCCACCGCAGGAGGGCCUCGCGUCGGCGCGCAAGGCCUGCCUGCAGCAAUUCGCCUGCGGCAUUCUCGACAUUCCGUGCCUCGUAUGCAACCUACUCAUCCGCCUGCUUCGCUGGAAUGCGAAGCAGCUCGACGCGGAUCUGCGGCCGAUGACGGGUCCCAACGGGCGCGGGCGGAACGGCAUGCGCUAUCACGCCGCUGUGUUCAAGAACGUCGGCGUGCUGCUGCUCGACACGCCCCACCUGCUGGCCAUUGCCUGCAUCGCGCUCACGCUGUGGCGGCUGCCCACGCUCGUGCGACUCCUACGCGGCGCGCCGACACCGACCGAUAGCGCCACCAGCGGGCGGCUGGCAAAGAAGAGGAGCGCGGUGAUGCAGGUUCUAGGAUGUGUCCUCCUCGACGUGCCCGCACUUCUCGCCUACGCCGCCGUGCGCGCCACCGUGUGGCACUACUCUGACAUGAAGCAGAAGCUCGCCGGCAAGGAGCUCCUGGGCGUCCACUCGGUUGUGUUUGCCAGCUUUGGGAAGGUGGUGCUCGAUCUGCCCUACUUCGCCGCCAUGGCUUUGGUCGCUGUGGCCUUCUGGCGUCUCCCCUCGCUCUACCGCCGAUUGAAAGCGGCCAAGAGUCUGGGAGAAAUGAGGAAUGCCAGUUGGGAAGUGCUGCUGUGCGCUCUGCUCGAUGCGGUUGCGGCUGUCCUGGGCCUUUUCUCGCUCCUGGGCGUUUGGCACGCACCCGCCCUCAUCGCGUCGCUCAAGACCGCCUCGGGACUCGACCUGCACAAGGCAAUCUUCCGCCACACCCUGGCGACCCUCAUCGACUUGCCCUUCAUCCUGCUGACGCUCAUGACCGGCCUCUUCUUCUGGCGCAUUCCCUCCCUCUGGACUCAGUUCGGCAAGUGCACCUGCAAUGGCGACAAGCGCUCCGUCGCAUUUGUGCAAUUCCGGCUGGCACUGCUUGACCUGGCGGCUGGCGUGGUGGGCCUGAUCACCCUCGUCACCGUGUGGAACGCCUACUCCCUCGUCGUCCAGCUGCGCGACGCCUACAAGCGCUACAAAGAGGCGACGUCUGGUGCGCACGUGUACAGCCUGAAGCAGGGAGCCCAGUGCCACGCGGUGGUGUUCUACAACUUCGCGCUGCUGGUGAUCGACGUGCCCUUCCUCCUCCUGCUGCUCCCGCUCAUCGUGUGCGGCUGGCGCGGCGCGGAGGUGCUGCGUCUGUGGCGCCGCACCGAUGACUACUGGGCGCAGCGGCGCGGGAUCGCCAUGCAGUUCCUGCUGCUGCUCUUUGAUCUGCCCGCCGCCGUGUGCCUGGCGGUCCUGCUCGUUUCCUGGCGCGCCUUCUCCACCGUGCGACAGCUGCGUGCCCUGUGGACCACUAGCACCACGUCGGCCGACGUCGCUCCCGACGCAGUCGCUUCCACUGCAGCCGAGCCCAGCGCGGCCGAGGCCCCGGCCGACGCCGUCAGUGGCGAAGUCAAUGCUGAAUCCAAUAGGCGGCGGAAGAGGAGGGAGAGAGCGGCGACGAGGGCGGUGGCCGCCAAGACCAGCGCAGCUCAGCAGCAGCCCACAUCGUUCCAUCGGGUGGUGUUCAGCGAGUUCGGCAGGCUCGCGCUCGACUUGCCCUUUGUGAUCGUCGCGCCCCUCAUGCUCUGGCGCCUCCCCUUCUUCCUGCGCCGACUGUUCCAGGAUCUCGACACGGCCGCGAAGCGCAGGACGCAGGUGGUGGAACAGGUGGGCGAGAUGCUGCUGGACUUGCCGUUCGUGGUGCCGUUCGCCGUGUGCGUGCUCUGUCCGUGGCGGCUGCCCCGCGUCCUCUCGCGCAUGGGCCAGCCGUUGAUGGCUGACAGCGUGAAGCGCGGCUACGUUCUUCGUUCGGCUCUGGCUGGCCUGCUCGAGUACAUCGGCGCGGUGCUGGUGUUGGUCAUGAUUGCAACGCUGUGGCGCAUACCGAGCCUGGUGCAGAUCUACCGCACGAUGCGUGCGAAGUCGGCUGCGCGCACGCCGGGCCUCGCCCUGUGGGUCCGCUCGCAGGUCGGCUGGCUGUUUGUCGCGUGGCUGCAGGACAUUCCCUUCAUUCCUCUCUUUGUGAUCACGCUCCCGUUCGUGUGGCGCUCUCGGGCUCUCAUCCGGCACAUGCGCCAGGCGCCGACCGACAAGGAGGCGCGAUGCGUCGUUCUCGGCCACGCGCUCAUGCUGCCUGCCGACUUCGUGGCCGGCCUUGCUACUGUGGUCAUCGCUCUCACCGUGUGGCGUCUUCCCUCGCUCGUUUCCCGCCUUCUCAGGACCCGCUUCACGAUUGAAGCGGGUGAGAUGUCGCACUGGCACGAGGUGAUGCUCACCGAGCUCAUCUUCUGGGCCGUCGACUUGCUGCAGCUGCUCCAGAUCCUGAGCGUCGUCGUGCUGAUCGUCCACGUCCCGUCUCUCUUCAGCCGCCUCUGGGCGCUGGCCAAGCGACACAACGCCGAGACUGGCUUCUCGUCAAUGCUACAGCGCAAGGGCCGGGCCUACUGGGCCUCGCUCCUGGCUGCGCGCCGGAAGAAGGCCCACCCGACACCAUCUGGCGCCUCGACCGCCGGCGGGGUCGAGCUGCCGCAGGAGGUCCUUCUACGCAUCUUCUCCUAUCUCACCUACGACCAACUCGCACUCGGCGCCGGACUCGACGAUUCGCUGUGGCGGACCCUGCUGUUCUCGGACAGCCGGUGGCCCGGCCUGGGGCCGGACUCGCCGCAGGUGGUCAAGAACCAGCGGAGGUGCAAGACCCUGAAGCAGCUCUUCCGCUACAAGCACCUGGGGUGGCAGAACCAGCAGCGCGUUCUAUUGGCCCUCUCCCCGGGCGCCAACGACUACAAGCUCGGUUACCGCUACGUCAUCCAUCAGGAGUUCUUCCUGGCGUUGAAGCACAUUCCGGCCACGAUCAUGCUGCCGGUGAAGUUGGCGGGCUACGUCCUGACGCCGGUGCUCGAUCGCGCGAUCGCACUGCGAUGGUUCGUCCUGCCAGCCACCAUUUGCGACGGCCGCCUCUUCUCUCUCCCACGAUGGAGCGGCUACAAGACCUUUUGGUACAUGGAGCUGUACCUGCUCGUGAGGUUGGCGCAGUGCGUCGGUCUGUUGAUCAACGACCUGCUCACUCUCCUCGUCCUGCCACUCUAUCUGGUCUACGUCGCCGCGACGCUCGGAUCGCCGCUUUGGAGUCCACAACGAAUUGCGCCACAUUGGCUGCGGCUGGUGAUCCACGCCCUGAGCGGCGCCUCGUAUCUCCUCGUGCUCGCCUACCAGCUCGCCCUUGCCCUCUACCUCUCCGCCGUCUGGGUCGUGUACGUGGAGACCCACUGGGCCGACCUGUCGUGGCUCCAAUUCAUCUUCGGCUCGGUUGGCUGGUUACUGGCGUACCCGAGCGCACUUCUCGUCUGCUCCCUGCAAAACCGACUCUUCCGCCAGUGGGUGCCGAUGUACCAGCCCGGCGUCAUGUGGGCCUGGCUUUACCGCAGGCUGCGGAGUGCCGCUGGUGCCUCGAUGCGUUUCACCAUGCAGGUCUUCCAGGUGACCGCAGAGCACGUGGCGUGGGCGUGUCGCCUCGUUCUUCGCCAGCUGCGCCGAGCGCGCGACGCUUUGGUGCUCGUCGUGCGCCGUAUUGCAUCAUCCGUGCUCAACGCCGUCCUCAAAUUGUGGAUGGUCUUCCAAAAGGCGCUGGGCGGCAACAACCGCCUCCUGGUGCGCAUGACCAGGUGGUGCUACGCCAACGGAAAUGUGGGCAAUCUGCUGCUCACGGCGCUGGUGCCGCUCUGGAUGUUCUGGCCACUGGCGCUGCCCCUGGUCCUGGGCAGCACCGCCCUCUACAUUCCAGCCGUGCUCCUCUGCACCCGCCUCUUCUUCACCGGCUACAAGAUCGUCGACCGCAACUGGGGCGACAAGUUUCUGGAGCACAAGUUGAAGGUCGAGUCGGUGACCAUGGAGAUCGGACCUGUGGAAGGCCACGGCAUUCGCGUCUCCCUCCGCGCCACCAAGCCCAAAGGGCUGGAGCUGAAGGACUUCCGGUUGCACCUGGAGGGGAAACGCUUCUGGGGCCUGCUCAAGAAGCUGGUGGGCUCGGGCCUGAUCAGCACCUUCAAGUGGACCAUGCACCCGCUCAACAUCAAGCCCUUCAUGACCCCCGACACCUUCCCGGCCGACUCGACCCGCUUCGACACAGUGGUUUCGUUUGGUACGGAGGGCAAGAUUCACAUCAGCCAGGCCACAAUCAUGAGCAAGCUCAAGGAGCUCAGGGACGCUGGCGAUUGCGAGCUGGACCUGCGGCUGGAGUACGGCGAGAAUAGCUUUGGGUGGACCGCGCUGGGCACGCUGGCCGUGGUCUCCACGCGCCCGUCGCAGAUGCUGGCCCUCGCCAACACUUCGGGCUCCUUCACCAUCAAGUCGCCUCCGGCCCCGUCCUCCUCUUCAUCUUCGUCAUCGUCUUCUUCAUCCAGCUCUUAA